GCAUAAACUCUCUCUCUGGUGGCUUUCAAUGGUACCGAUCUGAAAAUCUGUCAGAGCAUCGUCCAGUGAUGGUUAUGUCGCGCUUGAAUGUACAGAAUCCGAGUGUAAAACGUAUUCCUGAUCGAAAAUGAGCCUCGUGGCAUACGACAGCAGCGAUGAGAGCUCCGAAAACGACGACAACGAGACCGCGGAGCCGAUCGCCGCGAACGAUGCGGAUAACGACGCGACCGAGGCCGUGACCGUGCAAAUAAGCUCGAAAUUGUCCUUACCUGCUCCGAGAGUAACUUUGCAAGAUACAAACGAUGAGGAGGAAGAGAAGAAAGAGAGCGACAGUAACUUCCAGCAAUUUCUCGACACGCUGCCGAAGCCCAGAGAUCCCACUUUCACGGGCAAGGUCGAAGAGGUGGAGGACGAUAUUCUGUUGAAGAAGGAAACGAAAGGUCAAGUCCCAAAACCAGCAAAGAAACAGACAGUGAGGAUAUCAGUGCCUUCUUUAUCGGAGUUUAAGGAUCUUGAGGAGGAGGAGGACGAGGAGAAGCCAGCCAAGAUCGUACAACCGUCACUGAAAGGCUGUGGACUCUUCGCUUUGUUGGUAGCACCAAAAGGAGAGACGACAAGCAAGAAGACUCUAGUACCUCAGGCUGUUAAGAAAGCAGCGGUGAAAGCAAAUGUACAACAGUCAAAAACGAAAUCCAGUACAAGUCAAAAUGAUUCUAAAGUAAAAAGGCGAACUUCGGAUAAAUCGCAUAAUGACUUGAGCUCUGACGAAGAAGAUGCGAUAGAUUUCUUUGGGCUAGCUACAAAUGAAGAUGCGCCAGGCAGUUCCGGAACAGGAUUAUUAGACUCGGAACUGUCUUCAGAUUUUGUACAUAGGCCAGAUGCUGAAGCAUCGUUCGUGGAAGGUCACAGCUCUUCCUCCAUUAAUUCUGAUACCUCGACGAAUGGGCAAGCGAGCAAUUCGAGCAAAACGUUAACAAGCAACAUUAUGAAUUUACCUAAGGAAGAGAUUUUACUGAAGAACCAAGCGGAAGUUGGCCCGAAGCUGCCCGUUCCUGAACAAGAAUACAAUGUCGACGUAGAGGGCAACGUUGCCUUUGACGAGAAGGCGAUCGAGUAUCUAUGUGGACGACGGGGUAUAAAACGCAAGGAAAUAGACGAAGCGGAUAUAAUCGAGAUAAACGGAGAAGACAUAAAACCAGAUGAAAGAGAAUGGUUGGUAAAGGCACUGACGGAAGAAACUGUGCACAGGCCGGUGUCUAUGCAAGGCGGUGGGGUAAACUCUCAAUCCAAGAAGAAACAUCAGAUAACUUAUCUGGCGCAUCAAGCUAAGGCCAUGGAACUGGAACUCAAGAAUCAAUGGUCUCAGAAUAGAAUGGCACGGAAACAAACAAAAUCGAAGUACGGUUUCUAAAAAGCUACGAUUUGUACAAGAUUCUCUUUAAAAUGCGUGCACAUAUAAAUAAUCUUUUAUUUUUAAGGUAAAUUAAUGUGAUAUAUGUAUGAAGAAUAUU